UGGUCAGAGAGCUGCCAGAGUUCAGCAGUGUCUCAUCUCCUCUUUUCUCUGAUGGAGAAUCUGGAAGGAGCUCAACUCUGCUUUCCACAACUCCUCAACAGCUCCUGCAGGAAGCCAGUGCAUCCUCAGACUGGAGUUAUGCUCCUCUACUGUCUCUCCUUCAUCUCUAUACUCACUGCAGCUCUCAACCUGCUGGUCAUCAUCUCCAUCUCCCAUUUCAGGCAGCUCCACACCACCACCAACUUUGUCCUCCUCUCUCUGGCUGUCUCAGACUUUCUUGUGGGCCUCGUGGUGAUGCCGGGUGAAAUCAUCUUAAUGGAGACCUGCUGGUUCUUGGGUGACCUUAUGUGCGCUGUGUAUUACUUGUUAGCCCUCAUCAUUAUCAGUGCCUCAACAGCAAGCAUGGUGCUCAUAUCAGUUGACCGCUAUGUGGCUAUCUGUUACCCUCUGCAUUACCCCACCAAAUUCACUCUAAAGAGAGUCCGAAUCUGUGUUUGUCUGUGUUGGAGCUGCUGUCUUUUUGUUAGCGUUCUCCUUCUAUAUGAUCACCUGAAACAACCAGGCAGGUAUAAUUCUUGUUAUGGAGAAUGUGUGGUUAACAUUGCAGGAGAUGUGGACCUUGUUUUAAGUUUUAUUAUUCCCAUAUCUAUCAUCAUAACUUUGUAUUUGAGAGUGUUUGUGGUGGCCGUCUCUCAAGCUCGGUCCAUGCGCUCCCACAUCGCAGCCGUCACACUCAGGUCUUCACAGACUGUAACUGCUAAGAGGUCUGAGCUGAAAGCAGCCAGGACGCUUGGUAUUGUUGUGGCUGUGUUUCUCUUAUGUUACUGUCCAUAUUACUGUGUGUCUCUCACAGGGGGGGAAAUAUUGAUAGGCUCUACAACUGAGGCCUUUAUCGCUUUUCUUGUGUAUUUUAACUCCUGUCUAAACCCUGUGAUCUAUGCCUUUUUCUACUCCUGGUUUAGAAAAACUGUUAGAAUCAUUGUUACACUUCAGGUAAUGCAGCCUGGCUCCUGUGAGGCCAACAUACUGUAGAGAGACAAAGACUUAUACAUGGAUUAAGUCUGUAGUGACAAAAUAAUCUCAACUGAAGGUCACUUACUAGCUUUUUCGGGGAUUCCAACAUGAGCAAAUAGUAUGCUGAAGACUGUGAGAUGUGCUAGAAGGCCCAUAAAAAGUGGUAGACCUUUUUGUUCCUGACUGUAACUUUAAUGUUUAAGUAAUGCUGUUCUUGUGUUGUAUGUGUAAUAAUGUUUAAUGCAUCCAUGUAUUAAAUAUUCUAUCUGUA